CCUCAAGCCUGCUCAUUACACACUCACACACACUCGCACACACACGCUCACAGAGAGAGAGAGAGAGAGAGAGCCAGAGAGAGCCAGAGCAUCCACACACACAAAGAAAGCAGUCAUGGAUAUUCACACAGCCCCUACGAGGAAUAACCGACUGGACUAUUUGGAUGAAAUGGAUCCGAAAAACGCGAAACACACCGAUGAUCGCUUGGACAGCGGCAUGGACUCGCUAAAGGACGAAGAAUACCAGCAACUUGUGCAAGAAAUGGCGGAUCUGGAGCUGCCCAGGAGCGCACAGGACACAAUGCACACUUCCCAAGACUGGAAGCAUCACGUCACCGAGGAUGGAGACACGUACCUGCAUCUCGCCAUCAUACACGAGGCUGAAAAUGAAGCAGUUCAGAUCAUCAAGGACUGCGUCAACGACUCCUUCCUCAACAGACAGAACCACCAAAGACAGACUGCGCUCCACUUGGCUGUCAUCAUGGAGCAGCCACAUAUCGUGGAGAAGCUGCUGAAGGCCGGCUGCGACCCACGUGUGGUAGAUCAGAACGGAAACACAGCGCUGCACAUCGCCUGCAGGAGAGGCUCACUGUCCUGUUUCGCCGUGCUGACGCAAAUUAACACACAUCACCUACGCAGCAUCCUGUCUGUCCCAAACUACAGUGGACACACGUGUCUGCACAUAGCAUCCAUCUGUGGCUUCCUGUCAUUGGUCGAGAACCUCGUGCAACUGGGUGCAGAUAUAAAUGCCAAGGAACAGUGUAGCGGUCGCACGUGCCUCCACCUGGCUGUGGAUCUCCAGAAUCUGGCCCUCGUGCAGCAGUUAAUCGCUCUGGGCGCCGACGUCAACAGCGUGACCUACGGCGGCCACGUGCCAUAUCACCUGACCUUCGGCCGGCAGAACGGCGAGAUCAGGCAGCAGCUGUUCCUGAGGACGGCGUCUGAGCUGCGAGAGUUUCCCGACUCCGAGAGCGAGAGCGAGGACGAGCUCAUGUCCGAUGAUGAUUGUAUAUACGAUGACAUUCAGUUUGUUGGGAAGUGAAGUGAACUAAAAAAAAAAAACAAGAAAAAAAAACAAGAAAAAAAUGGGGCUUCGUGUUCCCAUGAAGCAAAGUAGAAGGCAGCUGGUCCUCAUAAUCACAGCCGUGGAUCACAUGACGUGACGUGACGUGACGUGACGGCUCAGACGCCUCGACACACAACAAGGAGAUGGAAGAAAGAAACAUGAGGCUGAAAUAGGUGCUCAGAAACCUGGGGAUUAUUGGAAAUUUCUUCUCAUCCUCAAGUGACCCUGAAGUGACUGUACCUGAGAUGCAAGUGUAAUAUAUUGUAAAAAAAAAAAAAAAAGGAGUAAAAAUUUAUAUUUUUAUACGUGUAAAUUGUUAAUUAUGACACUAUUGUAAAUAUAUAUUAUCGUGUAUAUGACCAUAAAUGUUUUUUAAUUAAAAAAGAAUAUUCCAUUGAA